AUGUCGGCGGAGCAAAAGACCGAGUCCCAGCCCGUCGCCCCCGUGGUCACUGAAACCGCAGCUGGCGCCGAAGCCAUCUCCGACAAGCCAGCAGUCGCUGCUGGUGAGGCUCCUGUUGAGCCCAAGCCGGCGGACAAGGAGGUUUCCGACCACAAAACUGAAAAGCCAGCGGAAGACACCAAGGCUGCCGACAGUGCUGCUGAGGAAAAGUCUACUCCCCAGACGACCCUCGCCAAGCUAGCUUCCCAGCUUCCCGAGAUCAAGAAGAACACUGGCCACGAUGAGAUGUGGGGCGUCAAGCUGUCCGAUGACCCUGAAACACAUGUGCCAACCAAGAUCAUUCUGCAAAAGUACCUCCGUGCCAAUGACGACGACGUUGCCGGGGCCAUGAAGCAGCUGACCGCGGCCUUGGAGUGGCGCAAGAAGUACAACCCCGUCGAGCUUGUCGAGAGCUCGUUCGAUCAAGACAAGUUCAAGGGCCUGGGCUAUGUGACCACCCAUGAGGACGGUGACAAUGAGACUGUGAUCACCUGGAACAUUUACGGCUCCGUCAAGGAUAAUAAGAAGACCUUUGGCGAUGUUGACGCGUUCAUCAAGUGGCGCUCAGCCCUCAUGGAGCGUGGUGUCCAGAAACUCAACCUAAACUCCGCGACUGUCCCGCUGGCUGACGGUGAGGAGGACCCGUACAAGGUGAUCCAGGUCCACGACUACGUUUCCGUCUCCUUCUUCCGCAUGGACCCGAGCGCCAAGGUCGCCUCCAAGGAGACCAUCAACGUCCUCAGCACCGCCUACCCAGAGCUGCUGGCACACAAGUACUUUGUUAACGUCCCCGUCAUCAUGGGCUGGAUGUACGCCGCCAUGAAGCUCUUCGUCGCCCCGGCGACCCUCAAAAAGUUCCAUCCCAUGGCCAGCGGCACGUCGCUGGCCGCGGAGCUCCCGGAGGGCAUCCGCACGAGCUUGCCCAAGGCCUACGGUGGACAGGCGGGAACUGUCCAGGAGAUUGGCGAGGAGCUCAAGCUCCAGUCGUCCGUGGAGGACAAAACAAAGGAGGCUGUUGAGCCCAAGUCGGAGGAGGCCCCAGUUGCAGCGGUGAAGAAGGAAGAGGUCGCGGAGGAGGCCAAGACGGAGGAGACUCCCAAGGUCGAUGAGCCCAAGGUUGAAAACGCCGCAGCCGAAGAGCAAGCCAAGCCUGCUGCAUAG